UGCGCUGAUAGAAUCAGCCUUGAUCCGGCAGUCUGGGGUGUAAUCCUCUUCUCUGGUAAUUAAAAAACAAACAAAAACAAAGCAGCAUUACAAGGAAAACGGUGUGCAGGAAAAUGUAAUCAAUUCUGUAGAAGCUUAACCAUCUGUUAAAGGUUAAAUCCAUGCGCGGAGUCUGAUGUCAGGAUAGGGAGAGGAUUUGGCUUUCGAUGUGUUUGAGGGCUCUUUAAUCUACCCCGGAGAUGCUGCUGUAGCAAACAGGGGCGGGAAGAGAGGGGAUUCCUGCCAUCGCCGAGCGGAAUGAACUUUCUUUCUCUGGGAAGAGACCCGGAGAGAGCAGCGUCCUCCCCUCCAGCGACAGCGAGCGAGACCAGCUUCGGCGCCAACUAGGGUUGCUGCUCUUCAGGAUCCACAAAUUCUCCGCCACAGCCAAUUUGCUUCAUCGGGGACUUCUAAGCUAUCCUCGCUUUGCUGAUAAUACACCGCGCCACGCUGGGAAGGUACCUGACCUUUUCCCGCAUGGAAAUGAUUGCAGCCUCCUGGGUAUAAGAAUUAAAACACACACACACACACUCUCUCUCUCCCCUCCCCACGUCGCUUCCGCCGGCUACGAAAGGGUUAACCAUUCCGCCCGUCCUCGUCGCAGCCGCUCGGGCUCGGGCUCGACGGCGCUGUCCACCAAUGCGGUGCUGAAAUGGCAGGCGGGUCCUCCCUUGCCGGCUCCCCCUGCCAGCCGAAAGUAGUUGGAAGUCCAAGUCCAUUGAUGAUGAAGACGCACAAGGGCGGGAGCGGAGGCUGCAGCUGCGGCGGCGCCAGUGCUCUGCCGCGUCCGCGCUGAGCUCACCGAUGCCUUCUCCCGAUGGAGGCGGCGGGACUCCCCGCUGGGUGAGGGGUUCAGGGGGGCCCCGGCUCGGCCCGAGGCUCGCAGGCUGCGCCGGGAGUUGUGCGAGGCUGGAGCUGUUGCUCCUGCUAACUUCUUGCUUGGCUCUGGCUCUGGCUCCGGCGCCAGCAGCGAGCCAGCUGCACUACUCGGUGCCCGAGGAACUGGAGCACGGAGCCUUCGUGGCCAACAUCGCCGAGGAUCUGGGGCUGGAUGUGUCUAAGCUGUCGGCCAGGCGGUUUCGCAUUGUGUCCCGGGCGGGCAGCAAGCAGCACUUGGAGGUGAACCUGGAGAACGGGAUCCUCUUUGUCAACGAGAAGAUCGACCGCGAGGAGGUGUGCGAGGCCAGCGGGGCCUGCCUCCUGCACCUGCAGCUGGUCAUCGAGAGCCCGCUGGAGCUGUACCGCGUCGAGGUGGAGGUGCUGGACAUCAACGACAACGCGCCCAGCUUCCCCUGGCAAGAGUAUGUGCUGGAGGUGACGGAGUCGGCGCUGCCCGGCGCCCGCUUCCCCCUGGAGAGCGCGCAGGACCCGGACGUGGGCACCAACUCCCUACGCACUUACCGGCUCAGCCCCAACGGUUUCUUCUCGCUGGAGGUGCAGACCCGCAGCGAUGGCAGCAAGUUCGCCGAGCUGGUGCUGGAGAGAAGCCUGGACCGCGAGCAGCAGCGCAGCCACCGGGUCUUGCUGACAGCUUUGGAUGGCGGCAUCCCCGAGCGCUCCGGCACGGCUCGGGUCGUGGUCACGGUGCUGGACGCCAACGACAACGUGCCCGUCUUCGAUCAGUCCUCCUACACGGUGAGUCUUCCGGAAGACGCGCCCAAGGGGACUCUGGUCAUCAGGCUGAACGCCACUGACUUGGACGAGGGCACCAACGGCGAGGUGGAGUACUCCUUCAGCGGGCACGCUCCGCCGAGGGUCCGAGAGCUCUUCAGCGUGGAGCCCCGCAGCGGGCAGGUGCGCCUGAAGGGUCAGCUGGACUAUGAGCGAGCCAACCUGCACGAGCUCUACGUGCAGGCCAAGGACCGCGGCCCCUCCGCCGUCGCGGUCCAUUGCCGGGUCUUGGUGCAUCUCGUGGAUGUCAACGACAACGCGCCCGAGGUGACCCUCACCUCGGUCUCCACGCCCGUCCUGGAGGACGCGCCUCCCGGCACCGUCAUCGCCGUGAUCAGCGUGCUGGACAGAGACUCCGGGGACAACGGCAAGGUGAGCUGCGAGAUCCCGCCGGACGUGCCCUUCCAGCUGCAGUCCUCCUUCCACAACUACUACACCCUGGUGACCACCGACCCCCUGGACCGCGAGGCUGUGCCCGAGUACAACAUCAGCAUCACGGCUCGAGAUCGGGGCAGCCCAGCGCUGGCCACCAGGAAGACGCUGACCGUCCAUGUGUCGGACAUCAACGACAACGCGCCGCGCUUCCUGCAGCCCUCCUACAGCGUCUACGUGAUGGAGAACAACGCGCCCGGGGCGUCCAUUUGCUCGGUCAGCGCCCUGGACCCGGACUGCAAGCAGAACUCCUACCUGUCCUACUCCAUCGCCGACGGGCAGAUCCAGGGCAUGCCCGUGGCCACCUACGUCUCCAUCAACUCGGACAGCGGGCACAUGUACGCGCUGCGCUCGCUGGACUACGAGCAGAUCCGCAACUUCCAGAUCCAAGUGCUGGCCCAGGACGCCGGCUUCCCCCCGCUCAGCAGCAAUGUCACCGUCCACGUCUUCGUGCUGGACCAGAACGACAACGCACCGGUCAUCGUGGCGCCCGUGCCCCGCAACGGCUCGCUGGCCGUGGAGGUGGUGCCCCGCUCGGCAGACCCGGGCUACCUGGUGGGGAAGGUCUCCGCCGUCGACGCGGACGCCGGCCAGAACUCGCGGCUCUCCUACCAGAUUGUGCAGGCGACGGACAGCAGCCUCUUCAGCGUGGCCUUGUACACCGGCGAGAUCCGCACCAUCCGCGCCUUCCUGGAGAAGGACGCGCCCAGGCACCGCCUUCUGGUGCAGGUGCGCGACAACGGGCAGCCGCCGCUCUCGGCCUCGGUGUCGCUGCUCCUCUCCGUGGUGGACAGCGUGCCCGAGGUGCUGUCGGACUUCAGCGAGUUCCCGCUGGGGCCCGAGUCCGCCUCUUCCACGCUCACCCUCUACCUGAUCGUGUCCCUGGGCUCCGUCUCCUUCACCUUCCUGGUAGCCAUCGUCAUCCUCACGGCCGUCAAGUGCCACAAGGACCGGCUCACCCUCCAGGACUACGGCUGCUCGCUCCCGCCCUGCGGGGGCGGCGGAGGCGGCGGCAGCUGCUGCUCCUGCGACCCCUCGGGGCCCCCGACGGACAUCUUCAAGAACUCCAACCACAUCCACAACUCCCAGGUCCCCUCGGGCAACAAAGGGGCCACCAACUGCGGGGAGGGCGCGGCCGUGGGGGGCCCUCCGGGCUAUUGCUACAAGGUCUGCCUCACCCCGGAGUCGGCCAAGAGCGACUUCAUGUUCCUGAAGCCCUACAGCCCGGCCGCUCCCAGGAACAACGAGAAAGUCCCGGACAACUUGCCACCAGCUCAGGGAAAGACGCCCCGCUUGGCCAAUAAUUCCCUGCAGCCCUCCAGCCAGGUGAAACAACCCAAUACAGACUGGUUGCCAUCUAAGCAAUCAACAUUGAAGAGUUCACAGAGCCUAGAGGAUGUAGGGGGAGUUCGUCGAGGAAUCCAGAAGGAACAUGACAGGUUGCGCACUUUGGUCACUCCAGUCUCUGAACUCCAGAAGGCACCUGGUGCCUCAAACAGCAUCUGGACACCUCGGUAUGCUCCUGUGUACUCACAGCACAUGUCCCCUCUGGAUUACCAACACAACGUGUAUAUUCCGGGGACCCCUACAAUGCCUGCCAAUAAGGAUGGGCCUCUGUUUCUGGAUCAGGAAGCCAAAAACAGCUUCUCUACUUUUGGAAAGAGGAAGAAAAUGACCACAUAUUGUGAUAUACAUGACAACAUGGUUAUUAACAAUAACUUGAAAUAAUGCUUGCUCUUGGUCAGUAGUGGGCGCAGAAGAGGACAGGGUGCUGUCCGUGGUGCUGGUGAAGCAAGGCUGAGAUUUCUGGACUUUGUCACCUGCACUGUUCUGCCUGGUACAAGUGGCUGAGAAGUCUUCUGUGCAAGCUGCCUUCCCUGAAAGCUUGAUGAUCUGUGAAAGACUGUGAUGCUAUGUCACCAACAGCAGUUGUAAUUUGUGAUUAAACUGAAAUAAGUGCCACUGGACAGCAAGUGGUUAGUAGCUUUUGACAUGAGAGAAUCGAUGAAAAGGAAACUAAAAGAAUGUAGAUUCUUCCUGUUUCAUUUUUCAGGUCUGGUGAAGGCUCUAAGCAGGAAACACCACAUGGUACUUUGAUGUUAAAUGAAAAGCUUGUCUUCUAUUGUAGAACAGGAAUGUCUCAGGCGGUGGCAGGGGGAAGGGGAAGGGUAUAGAGCAGGGAUGGGACACCUGCGGCCCUCCAGAUGUUGUUGGAUUGCAACUACCAUAAUCCCUGGCCAUUGGCCAUGCUACCUGAGGUUAAUGGAGACCAACAACAUUGGUGGAGGGCACAGGUCUCCUCCUCCUGCUUUAGAGAAUGUGUGUCUACAAAACAGCCAUGCCCCGCACACUUCAACAGGUCUUUGUGCAAGAGCUCCAUUUUGUAAAAUGUGUAGUUUUCUUCUUCUUGGUAUGUGUGAAUAUAUCAGGUGCACUUUUGUGUGUUUCUCAUCCUGUUAGCACAUCAAAAUAGCUGCAAUGGAAAAAUCACAGAAACCCAAGAAAAUGCUUGAGUUUAAAGUAAUAGGGAUUUAUGCUCUCAUCCAGAAGGAGGUUUUACUGCUCUAGAAAGUGUGAAUAAUUUCUUAUUGGGAAUGGGGGUAAUGCCCAGCAUGCAAAAACCAACCCAGCUGCAGUGUUUAAUAUUUCACCUAAAGAUAACAAAAUUAAGUGGUUUAUUUUUUUGAUCACACUCACUAGGAUGUAAAGCAAAGCAUGGAAGUCUUUUCAAUUGACAUUAACCUUGUGGUUGGAAAGAAGAGGGUUCUAAAAAGGUUUUGUUUUGUUUAGAACGAAGCUUACACAUGACUGAGGUUUGGAACAGAGCUGAAGCAAGAAUCUUACUACUUUUAUCUCCCUGCCCUGCAACUAUCUUCCUUAUUUCAUCAUGGGGGCUUUGGUAGGGGGAAUAAGACACAAACUGGACAGCCAAGAGAUUUGAGGGUCCAGCUCACUGGUUGGAUGUAGGAGUGCAUUUGCUUAAGGAGGGACCGUAUUAUCUUGUGAGUUUAAUUCCCAUGAACUGUCAAAAAGAGCAGUGAUCUGGGGAAUCAGGACAGUGUAUACUUAAUUGUGCACACAGACAAUCCAAAUUCUGCACUAAGGAAAGUGUGAUCUGCACAGAUUAUGCACAUUUUCAUGUUUUUUUAAAAAUAUUGUAGUGUUUACAGUUCUGCAUACUAUAUUCUGGUCUUGCUUGUCACAGGGAGGGCAGGACUAUGCAGGGCACUGAAGCCCUCAUCCCAGCUGCUGGAAUUCUUCUCCAGCCACCCCUCUGGCUUCUGAUAUUACAACUGGCAUUUCACAUUUUCAACCAUAUCUUCAUAAUCAUAAGGGCUGAAAACUUGCCUUUUCAAAAAAGAAAACCAAGCACCUCAGGAAGCCAAAUUCUGCACCCAGUAUUGCAUUUAGCAUUUCUCCCCAGGAUGUCACACACAUUUCCCACACACUUUUGAGUGUAUCUUCAAAGCCAUAAAGUCUGGAUCUUUUUUAAAAAUAAAUAAAAAUAAAAAUAAAAUAAAGGUGAUUAUUUCAGGAUACCAAAUUCUGUAUCCAGUAAUACAUUCCAUUCUUUUUUCCUGAGCUCUUGUGAAAACCAGGCAUACACAGAGCUCUGCUAACACAUUUUUUUUAAUGGGGCAAAGCUGGAUAGGCAAUUCUGCAGCCCCUAAAGGGGCAUCCUUGAAACUCAGAAUGGAUGCAUUUGUUCUCCCACAAGGACCUUGCAAUCUACCAGGCUUAGGGGGGAAGGCUAUGUUAUCUUCCUUUCUGCUAGCAACUUAUGUGGAUGGAUGUCAGUGCAAUAUCUGUGGGAGGAGGCAAUUAUGAAUUUUCAAAGAUGGCCAAGCUUUUACUGCUCUGCUUCACCAAGCAUGGCUAAUUUUAAAGGCAAAAGGGAUCUUGAACACAAAGUCUUCACAUUCUGAAAUUGCAUUGAUAGAACAUUGGGGUGGGAGUGCAGGAAGAUGGUUCACUUGAAACAGAGGACCAAUAUCAGCAUUUUCUUAAAGAGGCACGUCUGACCUACUGGCAGUCCUGCCCUCAGGUGUCUACCAGAAGAUAGAGCCCCCUUCAUCAUCAUCAUAAUGAAAAUAAUAUUUUUUAUUUAUAUCCCACCCAUCUGGCUGGGUUGCCCACUCUGGGCAGCUUCCAACACAU